CAUAAGCCCUGGUUCGGGCUAAAAAUGGAAAAAUACAUACUCUGAGAACACAAUUUAUGUACACUCCAAUGAAUAAAGACGUGAUAUUUGGAUAAAAUAUUAUUAUCUACUGGGGUACAUAAAACGAAUGUUACCCGUAAAGGUAUAAAAAUUCUUGUAUCAGGACUUCUCAACGGACAGCCUUGAAUUUUCAUUGUAUUUAUUUACCUUCUUCUCUAAACUUUUAUUUCUUUGAGUUUCAUCUGUGCGAGAAAUUGCUGAAGGUUGUUUUUCAACCUUUUUAUUCCAUUAUGUUCUCUUGGUCCACCUAUUUCCAGGCAGGGAUUUUUACCUGAAACUUUACAAUGGGCAUCACUCGGCAAUAAUGGUUUCAAAAAAUAAUGCGUGCCCUUCCGUAAAGAAAAGAUUGCCCUUGUGGAAGACUACAGCACAGGGUGCGCACGUAUUUACAUACACUCUAAAUAAAACUAACUAAAAUUUUCUCCAGGUUGAGUAAAGAAAAGGAGGCUGACACGGUUGAGUAAAUUCCACACACUAUCAAUAAAGUUGAGUGAAAAUCGCACUAACACAACUAGUGGUGUAAAUUUUAGUCAAUGUUGAGCGAAGUUCCUACAACGUUGACUAAAAUUUACUCAACCGUGACUAAAUUGUACACCACUAGUUGUGUUAGUGCGAUUUUCACUCAAGGUUGAGCAAAUUUUAAUCAAAUUUAUUUGGAGUGCACAAUUGUUGGAAAUCUAAAUUGAACCCAAUUGCGCAAGUGUUGCUCGAGAAACAUUACCCACAAAUUUAGUAAAUAAUUUGAAAUUUUAAAAUACCACUAUCUCCCAAUGUGCAGAUUUGACGGAGAUAUUUUCAUCUCAAAAGGAGAAAACGCGCAGUAAAUUUGGAAAGUUCAAAUUUUGUCGGCUCGUUUUCUCCUAUCCUCGGGUACAAAUAUUUCCCCACAACCUGCACAUUGGCAGAUAGGUUCAUUUUCAAAUCUAAUAUUUACUAAAUUUUCAAUUGAUUGACGCACUUAUUUGGUCAAAAUAUGUGAGCAUACGUUGGGAGACAUACAUUGUUAGGUUACGGCACGAUGUAAUCAUGAAUAUCCUCAUUGAUUGGUAGUCGAUGAGUUCUAAAUGAGUUGGCCUUAAACGCAAAAUAAGUUUUCAACAACUAGCUGGUACUAAAUUGCAAUUUGAAACGUUCUUGAACCUCCCAGAUAAAUUUGGGGUGCAAUGGUAUAAUUUCUAAAUAAACACAUAAAUGAAAAAAAAAUUUGAAACCAAACUGUAAAUGAGUUGCAGGCAAGCUCUCCCAAAACUUAUUAAUUAGCGAGUUUUUUAAUUUCUUCAAAAUUGAUACCAUCUAAAAAAAAUUACCUGGAAGUCCAGACAUGUUUAACAUUUCAAUUUAGCACCAGUCGGUGAAAAGUUAUUGUACAGAAUCGAUGAGCACCUUGGUAUGGUCCCUAGUCACUUUUCCAGGGUAGUUCUCCAUCCUAAAAACAUUGCAUUACACUCCAAUACCAACCAUGGAUAGUGAAGGAUCGCUCGAAAUUUUGGGAAAUGAUGAGACUCCAGAAAUUUUGGUCUACAUAGUCGCUGCAUUUCACGUGAUAUCGUCAGUCGGACAUCUUAUCGGGCUCGGAAUUUUUGCCUUGAUGAUGAUUGAUCCAGAAUGGUGUUCGGGAAAGGGAUGUGAUUCCCAGAGUGAAUUGUAUGACAACUAUGCCUGGAUUCUUUACGGUAUUGUGGUAUUCAAGUUACCAUUCUUUCCAGCCAGUCUGAACCUGGUCGACGGUGUGUUGAACGAUAACGUGGAACUUUUGGAAUACUGGAAUAAAUUCAUGGUCAUCGGAACCAUUGGACAUGUCGCGAUCAACCGCCUGCUCACAUAUUACUAUGGGGAUGAAAAAUAUGCCAAGCUAAUUGAGAAAGUGGACAAUUGUCAGAUUAUGUUUGACAUUUCCUCCAUCAUUUUCAUCCACGAGUACAAGAAUAGACUCAAGUUAAGGCUGUCCAAUGGGAACGCUUAACAUGCGAAACUGAUUGCUUUUUCUACCCCAAACAAUCAUGUUUAUAUUUGAAAACGUCUGCACCGUAGUUGAGUGAAAUUGCUACCGGGACAACUAUUGAGUAAAAUUUACCCCGCCAAGUUAAAAACUUACUCAAGGUUGAACAACAAUCUGCCAAAGUUGGAUAAAUUUAAACUUUUAUUGGGUAAUCUUAACGCAAAUGUGGUAUUGGUGCCAAUUUAACUCAAUUUUGUAAAUUUUACUCAAAUUUGUUCACAGUGUGUGAUUAAGCUUAGGAGGGCACUCCAUGGGCACAUUUGCGCCCGCCACACCCACUCAAAGGUGCGAAAAACACGAAAAAUACCCUGUUUUGGUUCAUUAAAAAAUCCGCCAAAAAUCCAAUUUUGAUCGGAUUUUCAAAAAAAUUACAUAUUCUUCAUCUCAGAUACUUGCUUUAUGAUGUCCAAUACCAAACUCAACUUUUUUGAAAUUUUGAUUUUUUCGAAGACAUACCCAUAGUCAGAAAAUUUUCGAA